CGUUUUUCUGCAGAGCGCUUCUCAAACAGUGAAACAAAGUUUGGCGGAGCAGGUCGUUUAUUGUCGUGGACCUGUGUCCGUUCUCGUUUUUCUGACUUGGGAUGUCUCAGGCCAGUCUGCAUGGCAAGUGGACCGUCUCCAGCAGCGACGACGACGAUGAUGAAGUUCUACCUCCUUCGGGAACCACAACACCAAAGUCCCGUCGGCCAGCCGAGUCCAGGCACGUCUCCAGCGGGUCUCCCUCUCCGGUACCAGAACCAGCUCCCCCGGAGGUGAAAGCAGAACCGGACAGCACCCCUGCGUCCGCUCUCGCUGUUGGUUCUGAGGCCAGACAGUCGGCAGCGAGGAACCAGAGGAACCCAGUCAAGUUCCAAACCAGCCCGUCGCGUAGUGAGAAGCGGAAGAAAGAGCCCUCAGACGGCUCCGGCUGGGCUCUCUCAGACAGUGACGGCGAAGACGACGCAGAAGGGAAAAGGAGCAGCCAGAGAAAGCUGCCGAACCAGGCAGCGCCAAAUGGCGAGACGAAAAAGCCGAAGGUGGAGAGCGAGCGUCCGCCAAGUCCCCACGGCCGACUCUACUACAUAGACGAGCCGGACGACUUCUUUGAGACGUCCUUUCCCUGCCUUAAUGACACCUACAGAUUCUACCUGAACAAAGUCACAGGGCUGGACAGGAAGUUCAACAGCGGAGCGCUGCACAUCAGAGACAUCUUGUCCCCGUUAUUUGGGACCCUGAAAGAGUCUGUCCAGUUUAACUACUGUUUCGAUAUUCCCUGGAUGGUGAAGCAGUUCCCUUCAGAGUUCAGACAUUGUCCAGUUCUUAUCGUCCAUGGAGAUAAGCGGGAGGCCAAGGCACGGCUCCUUCAGCAGGGUCAGCCUUUCCCACACGUUCGUUUCUGCCAGGCUAAACUGGACAUUGCUUUUGGAACUCACCACACGAAGAUGAUGCUGCUAUGGUAUGAGGAAGGCUUCAGAGUCAUCAUCCUCACCUCCAACCUCAUCAGAGCGGACUGGUAUCAGAAGACGCAAGGGUGGUGGGUGGAUGAUUUUCCACGGUUACCAGAGGGGAGCAGCGAGAGUUCAGGGGAGUCGCCCACCUUCUUCAAGCGAGACCUGCUAGAGUACCUGGCGUCGUACCGCGCUCCAGAACUGGACGAGUGGAUCCAGCGGAUCAAAGAGCACGACCUGUCAGAGACCCGAGUUUAUUUGGUCGCCUCCACGCCGGGGAGAUACGUCGGCGCAGACAUGGAGCGCUGGGGCCACCUGAGGCUCAGGAAGCUGCUGUAUGAUCACACAAAUCCAAUUCCAGAUGAGGAACGGUGGCCUGUGAUUGGCCAGUUCUCCAGCAUCGGCUCCAUGGGGACAGAUAAGACCAAAUGGCUGGCAGGGGAAUUUCAGCGCACACUGACCACGCUCGGAAAAUCCUCCCUCCGAUCAGACACUCCCGUUCAUUUGCUCUAUCCGUCAGUAGAAGAUGUGAGGAAGAGUUUGGAAGGUUACCCUGCUGGAGGCUCUCUCCCUUACAGCAUCCAGACGGCUCAGAAACAGAUGUGGCUCCAUUCCUACUUCCACCGCUGGAAGGCGAGGAGGACGGGGAGGACUCAUGCCAUGCCACACAUCAAGACGUACAUGAGGGUUUCACCGGAUUCCACUCAGCUCCUCUGGUUCCUCGUCACCAGUGCCAACCUGUCCAAGGCGGCAUGGGGAGCCCUGGAGAAGAACAACACGCAGAUAAUGGUGCGCUCCUAUGAGCUGGGGGUCCUUUACGUUCCGUCAGCGUUUAGCAUGAAGACAUUCCCCAUUGAUACCAAUCCAUUUCCUGCUUCCUCUUCCUCUACGUUUGGAUUCCCGGUGCCCUUUGACCUCCCGCCUACCAGCUACUCGCCAUCAGACCAGCCAUGGAUCUGGAAUAUCCCGUACAGCCAGGAACCAGACACUCACGGCAACAUCUGGGUCCCCUCUUAGACGGUGUUAGUCGACUCUGUAGCCGUUAGUGAACUUAAGCUAUUUUUAUACUAUGCUGUAGACAAUUUUCAAUAAAUAAAUUACACUGG